GCGGGCAUGCGUAUGAAUGACCCAAGUGGGCGAUCAGAUCGUAGGUGGCAAGUUAGGAUCGCGGCGCGGACGAGGCAACAAGUGUGCUCGGAGCCGGACUUCGAAGUCUCGUCAUGUAACAUGGAAGAACUUCCGAUAUUAAAAAUAAUGGAAGACAACGAAACGUAUACGGACAAUUGCACGUACAACUGCACGAACAUGACCUCCCUUGAGCUACCGGCAGACUUGCGGUUUAACGACAACGCUCUGUUGGUCGUCAUCGCGUAUUCGGUCCUGUUCGUCAUAGCGGCGAUCGGGAACUUGACCGUCUUUAUCACCUUGAUCAGAGGGCGGCAUAGAAAGAGCAGGAUAUCCCUGAUGAUAACGCACUUGGCCAUAGCCGAUUUGUUCGUCACUUUUUUCAUGAUACCUCUGGAAAUCGGCUGGAGGCUCACAACCCAGUGGGUCGCUGGAAACGUCGCUUGCAAAUUUUGCCUUUUCUUGCGAGCGUUUGGCCUCUACCUUUCCAGCAACGUUUUAGUCUGUGUCUCCGUGGAUAGAUACUUUGCCAUUCUACAUCCUUUGAGAGUCAAUGAUGCCAGAAGACGCGGGAAGCUAAUGCUAGCAUUAGCAUGGAUAUUGUCUCUCAUCUGUGCAUUACCGCAGGUAAGCAUGUCUUGGGUAUACUUAAAAACUUGCUUACUCAGGACUGUUCUUCUUGACCUUUCUUAAGGGAAAGACUAUAGGAAGCCGUUAACAAAUAAGAAGAAUUAGUUUAGUGGUCGUAAUCCACCUGCAUAGAUUUUCUCUUAGACAUGACUUGGAGGUGAUUGUUAAAAACAAA